UUCAUUCAAUUUCCUCACUCUAACAAUAUAUGGCUUCACCAAUCAUCUUAGCUCUUAUCUUUGUCCUUCCUAUCCUCUAUUUCCUUAUCAAAGAAAGAAGAUAUUCUAGCAAGCUCCCGCCAGGCUCUCUAGGACUUCCGAUCGUCGGCCAGAGCCUCGCGCUCCUCCGCGCCAUGAACGACAACACGGCAGAGCAAUGGUUAGCAGGUCGGAUCAAGAAAUACGGCCCGAUAUCGAAGAUGUCGCUUUUCGGGACCCCGACGAUAUUCUUAACCGGACCGGCGGCCAACAAGUUCAUAUUUGUGAAUGAUGCUUUGGCUCCGCAGCAGCCGAGGUCGAUCUCACUGAUAUUAGGGAGGAGAAACAUGCUUGAGUUAGUUGGAGACGAUCAUCGACGUCUGAGGGGGGCGGUCGUGCAAUUCCUUAAGCCGGAGAUGCUUACGAAGUACGUCGGAAAGAUCGACGGCGAAGUUAAGCAUCAUAUCAAUAGUGAAUGGAAGAGGCAUCAAACUGUCACGGUGCUUCCUCUAAUGAAAAGUCUCACAUUUGACAUCAUAUCCUCGCUCCUAUUUGGCCUUGAGAGGGGUCCCCAGAGAGAUGCACUAUGCAAGGACUUUGUGGAAUUGCUGGCCGGGUUAUGGGCCGUCCCGGUGAACUUACCCUUCACCACCUUCAACAAGAGCCUGCGUGCGAGCGCGCAUGCUCGAAAGGCGCUUACCGAAAUCACUAGGAAGAAAAAGGCCAUGUUAGAGAGUGGACACUGUUCUCCUUCUGAGGAUCUCAUCACUUAUUUGCUUAGUUUGAAGGGUGAGGAUAAUAAUUGUGCAUUGAGUGAGGAGGAGAUUGUGGACAAUGCCAUGGUUUUGCUCACCGCCGGCCAUGACACUUCGUCCACCCUCAUGACCUUCAUGAUCCGACACCUCGCGAAUGAUCCGGAAACACUACAAGGGGUUGUUCAUGAACAAGAAGAGAUUGCGAAGAACAAGCUCUCAGGGGAUACUCUAACAUGGAAUGAUCUUUCUAAGAUGAAGUACACAUGGCGAGUCGCAAUGGAGACACUGAGGAUGAUACCUCCGAUUUUUGGGAGCUUCAGAAGAGCUCUCAAAGAUAUCGAGUUUGAGGGACAUCUCAUACCAAAAGGAUGGCAGGUGUUUUGGGCAUCUAAUAUAACACAAAUGGAUGCGAAUAUUUUCCACGAACCGACCAAGUUCGAUCCAAUCCGAUUCGAGAAUUCAUCUUCGAUCCCGCCGUAUUGCUUUGUGGCAUUUGGAGGAGGGCCAAGAAUAUGCCCUGGAAAUGAGUUUGCAAGGAUAGAGAUAUUGGUGACAAUGCAUUACAUCGUCAUGCAGUACAAAUGGAAGCUAUGUUGCAAAGAAGAUACAUUCAAGAGAGACCCCAUGCCAUCGCCUUUGCAUGGACUUCCUAUUGAACUCGAAUUUAGGGAUUCUCAUGUAUAAGCACUUAUGUGAUAUUUUUUUUGUUUUUCUCUAUCUUUUUAUAUGUUUCCAAACCCUUGUUUCCUCUGUUUUUUUAAAAAAUGUAGUUCUCUUUAGACUAACAAA